GUUAGUUUAUAAGACCAAGUGUAUCAAAACCGAAGUACAGACGAAGACAAUGAGAAUACAAUUACAAGUUCGGCAGCCUUCUUGAUGGCCAAGUUUGUUCACGAAGCAGCUAGAAACAUGUCACAACUUUGCCGGAAAAUUGUUCACAUCAACAUCCGGUUGAGCGUACUCCAAAGGGUUUCGUUUAUCAGGCGGUUCUUUCGAUUCAUUUGGGAUAGGAUUCUUGUCUGUUCCACGGGAAGGGGAAGCGAGUACCGGCGCUUGUCUCGCCGGGGUUCGUUUCCUCCGCCGGAGGCAAUAGAGGCGGGUUUGGGAUUCGAUGAAUCCGCCAUGUCUUGUGGUGGGUAUGAGACGGAUUCAGAUUUGGUGACCUUGAAGAUCAGUCUGUUGGGUGAUGACCAGAUUGGAAAAACAAGUUUUGUGAUAAAAUAUGUAGGAGAUGAGCAGGAAAAGAGCAGCUUGCAGAUGGCAGGAUUAAACUUGAUGGACAAGACUUUAUCUGUUCAAGGUGCCCGGAUUUCACUUAACAUUUGGGAUGUGGGAGGUGACCCCGGAUCACACGACCAAGUUCCAAUCGCUUGUAAAGAUGCAGUAGCAAUUUUGUUCAUGUUCGAUCUUACUAGUCGGAGUACACUAAAUAGUGUUGUCGGAUGGUAUAGUCAAGCAAGAAAGUGGAAUCAGACUGCAAUUCCCAUUCUAAUAGGAACAAAAUUUGAUGAUUUUGUUAGACUUCCUCCGGAUUUGCAGUGGACAAUCGUGACUCAGGCCAGGGCAUAUGCAAGGGCUAUGAAGGCGACCCUUUUCUUUUCAAGCGCAACUCACAACAUAAAUGUGAAUAAGAUUUUCAAAUUUAUCAUGGCCAAGCUCUUUAACUUGCCGUGGAAGGUAGAGCGGAAUCUGACCAUUGGAGAGCCAAUCAUCGACUUCUAAGGCGUAUUCUGCACUGAUCCAGUUGUACAAAGCUGAAAAGAAAACUACAAUCAAAUGUCUUAAUCCCAGCUGAUUGACCCCAGGGCUCACCACCUAGUACUUGUCCACUUUCAUGGUUUUUCAUUUUUUCUUUUCCAUUUUUUAGUUUUUUUUUUCAACUUCUAAAUUUCUAAUUACUAGUUUUACAAUGAAAGGAGGGGGGGCUGUGAAUAGUGGUUGUAGCAGGAUGUUUUCACAAGCAUAGAAAUAGCAAAGAUCUGAGAAUUUUAUUUC